UCAUUGGGACUCCUCUGUGGUUCAACGAAAUUGGACAGAGAUCGCGGCUUAGUUGAGCUCCAGCGUCUGAUUUCAAACGCCAAAGAAGAAGACAUCGCAGAUAUUGAAACAGCCUUGACGAGUCUCUUGCAGGAUGGGGCUGCUCCAUGGGAACAGAAGCAGGGUGCUCUGAUGGGAUCGAAGUCAGUCGUAUUAACCGAGUCAUGUUCUGAGGAGUUCGCAUUAUGUGUACGUCUUCACUCGCUCCAUCUUUUAAACGACAUCGAAGCGAGAGUUCGACUGGCGGCAGGAGAGGUUAUGGGUGCAUUAUGUAAAAGAGACGGGGUAGAGAUUUAUAUAUCUUCAAAAGACAUCAUUCUUGAAGGCGUACAACUCAACUUAGAUAGACAACCUAUCUCGGAUUCCAGUCACGAAGAAGUCAAGCAAACGGAAGUAUUGAUGGAGAAAUUAGCAUCGUCCCCCGGAAAGGAGUGCCACACUGCAGAUGCGGCUAAAAUAUUUCACGACACGGCAGGUUGGAAGAAUCUUGAGACUUGGAUGAAAUGUCUGCAGUGUGUCAUAGUUGGUUGCGGCACUCAGUUUUCUGAGCAGAUUACACAGGAUUUGUUGGACCUGCUGUUUCAAGCGCUGACACAUACUAAUCGGUUUGUCAGAGAGACUGGUUACUACGUGUGCUCGGCAAUAGUAAGCUGCGGAUCUCAAGAGGAGGACGAAGGAGAACCCAUGGAAAGCGAGUUUUUAAUGGCAGGACAACCAGAUGAAAACCCCAUUGUACUUCACGGCAACGAAUUUGCCCUGCAUCUUUCAAAUGGUUUAGCGGACAACUGGAGUCAGGUAAGGUUAGCAGCGUCCGUAGCCACCAGACAGUUCAUCAUGAAUCUACCGAAUGAAGAAGCCAGACAGAUAUUUUAUCCGAUACUUAUACCCAGGAUGUGUCUUAAUAGGUACUAUGUUGCAGAGGGUGUUCGCAUCUACUCUCAAGAAACAUGGAGAAGAGUUCACAGGAAGUCACGGAAAAGAACUAGUAGAAACUUACAUUGCUGACACAGUGGAAUACUAUAUAGCUCAGACGUUAGCUGAUAACCAUGCAGUACGGGAAGCUGCCUGCGCCUGUAUAGCUGAAUUAGGGAUCAAAGGUAAAAAAAAAUAGUCUUUGAUCUUUUUGUUGAGAUUGUUAAAAAGCCAAAAUGGAUCCAAAAUAUUAAGGAAAAUCUGUGACAGAAUUACUUAUAUAGAAACAGAUUAUACU